AUGCUUUCUCAUGCCGACCUCCUGGAUGCUCGCCUCGGGAUGAAGGACGCCGCCGCGGAGCUCCUGGGACACCGGGAGGCUCUCAAGUGCCGGCUCGGUGGAGGAGGGCCUGACUCCGGACACUCCGUCGGGGAGCUCGGACCCGGACCGGAGGGUGUGGAGGGCUCCACCAUGCUCCCGGGAGAUGAUGGAGGAGGAGGAGGAGGAGGAGGAGGAGGAGGAGGAGGAGGAGGAUCCAACGCAGUGCAGGUCAACAGCAAAGAGCAGGAGAAACAGAACAACCAGAACCAGUCCGGAGGAGGCCAGCAGAGCCAGAGCCAGAGCCAGAAACAGAAGCGACACCGGACCCGGUUCACCCCGGCGCAGCUCAACGAGCUGGAGAGGAGCUUCGCCAAGACGCACUACCCAGACAUCUUCAUGAGGGAGGAGCUGGCUCUGAGGAUCGGCCUCACGGAGUCCAGGGUGCAGGUCUGGUUCCAGAACCGACGCGCCAAGUGGAAGAAGCGCAAGAAGACCACCAACGUGUUCCGGUCUCCGGGGACCCUGCUGCCGACGCACCACGGCCUGUCCCAGUUCAACUCUGCGGCGGCUGCGGCGGCGGCCAUGGGGGACAGUCUCUGCUCCUUCCACGCCAACGACGGCCGCUGGGCCACGGCGGGGAUGCCCGGCGUGUCCCAGCUGCAGCUCCCUCCGUCUCUGGGUCGCCAGCAGGCCAUGGCGCAGUCCCUGUCCCAGUGCAGCCUGGGUGCAGGGCCGCCUCCCAACUCCAUGGGUCUGUCCAACAUGUCCAAUGGCUCCGGGCUGCAGUCGCACCUCUACCAGCCCACGUUCCCCGGGAUGGUGCCCGCGUCCCUGUCGGGCCCGGCCAACGUGACGCACUCCCCGCAGCUGUGUAAUUCCCCGGACAGUGAGGUCUGGAGAGGGACAAGCAUCGCGUCGCUGCGCCGCAAAGCGCUGGAGCACACAGUAUCCAUGAGCUUCACCUAG